AACCCUGGGUAUUAUGACAUCAUGGCAGAGGACAUGUCUGUGUGGCACGUUCCCAACAACUCUCCUAUGGAACACUGGAAUCUGGCGUCCAUCCUGCGUUACCACACAGAGAGACGCUUCCUCACCCUGCACGGAGGAAACCUGCACCAACUCUUCAAGACGCACCCAGUGAGAUACAACGUGGGGUCUUGCAGCAACAGAGGACCAUCCAUUCCUGUUGUCUAUGACCAUGGAGACACAGAGACCACCAGACAGCUGUAUGGGCCCACCUCAAGAGAUGAGUUUCAACCCGGCUUCAUCACGUUCAGAGCCAUAAAUACCGAACGAGCAGCCAUGGCCAUCUGCUCUGGGGUCAAACCAACUGGCUGCAACACUGAACAUUACUGUAUAGGUGGUGGUGGACACUUCCCUGAGGGUGCUCCCUACCAGUGUGGUGACUUCACUGGCUUUGACUGGGAUGACUACGGGACCAACACAGGCUGUAGUGCGUCCAGGGAGGUCACCGAAGCUGCUGUGCUGCUCUUCUACCGUUAAAUUCCAUCCUAAACCUGUUUACUAUGUUCUACACACUGUAAAGAAUACAACUUUAUUGUCCAAAAUAAACUAACCAUUCUAUGGUAUU